GGGGUAUACUGGGAUUCUGCAGCCUACUGCAAUUUUUUUUCUCCCUGUUAAUCUGUCAGUUUUUUCUCUCCUGCUCUCUGCUAAUGCAGAUGUAGAUUUGUUUACCACGGCUGGUGUGAGGCACUUGUCUGAGAGUGCUUGUUUAAGACUGGCUGUGACACUCCAAUGCCUCCAAGAAUCUGUCUCCUGCUUUAUCCAUCUAAUCUCUGCUGAUUCCUUUCAGGCCUCCGACAGCGAAAUGCAUAACAUAAGGAUGAACACAUAUAGAGAGCUACUCUCUGAUCCCACAGGGAAAACAUAAUCUUCUGAGAAACAGGACAUAAAGGGGUGGCGUGUCAACUUCCUGUCCGGGAAGUAAUCACAUAUGAAACUGAACGCAAAGCAAAAAAGAUGAAAAAGAUAUAUAUUGGGAAAACGGCCCUAAAAAACCCCAGAAAUGGUUGUAAGCAUCAGAAGAAAAGCUCCCUGCAGGAGCAGAAGGAUGAUCUACGCAAGCGUCUGUCCUACACCACCCACAAGCUGGAGCUGCUGGAGUCAGAGUUUGAUUCCACGCGCCAGUACCUUGAGACAGAGCUGCGCCGGGCCCAGGAGGAGCUGGAGAAGUUCACAGAAAAACUGCGCAGGAUACAGAACAGUUAUGCAGCUCUGCAGAGAAUCAAUCAGGACCUGGAGGAUAAGAUGCAUAGGACGUCACAGCACCAUGAGGAGGAGAAAAGAGCCCUGAGCCGAGAGAUCAUUGUGCUCAACAACCACCUGAUGGAGGCCAAGAUCACUAUCGAGAAACUGCGAGAGGACAAUGACUUGUACAGAAAGGACUGCAACCUUGCUGCCCAGCUGCUCCAGUGCAGCAAAUCUCACUACAGAGCCCACAAGCUUUCAGAGCUCCCCUCUGAAUUUCAGGAGAGGGUGAGCAUGCACAUGGAGAAGCAUGGCUGUGGGGUGGCCCUGCCCCUCUGCCACACGCCCUACUCGGACUCGGUGCCCACCGCCGUCAUCGCCAAGGUGCUGGAGAAGCCGGAGCCCGGCAGCAGCCUCCCCGCCACGCGCUCGCCGAGCCCGCAGCCCCAGGACCCCGACUUCCUGCUCAACAGCAUGGGCAGCGAGCGCCUGCAACGGCGUGCGGUCUACAAGUCGUCGGACCUGUACUGCAGCGACACGGCGCUGUACUGCCCGGAUGAGCGGCGGCGGGAGCGGCGGCAGAGCGUGGACCUGCAGGGCCCCGAGGGGGACCACCUGCAGGCGCACAACUCCACCGACAGCAACCCCGAGGAGGACGGCUUCCCCACUGGCUUCCCCCGCCGUGAGGCCUCCUUCGCUGACUUCGCUGCCGGCUCCCUGCCAGCCUCCAGCUCCUACUCCAGCUUCAGUGCGGCAUCGGACGAGAAGGGCCACGCCCUGAGCAGCACCGUCUCCUCCUCCCAGCAAGCCCUGUACAUGGACUGGCGGGACGGUGAAUAUGAGCGCAAGAGCAGCUCCUCCUAUGAGAAGGACAGCCCCGGCUUCCCCAAGUCGCGCAGCUUCCAGCACAUGGGCCGUGGCCCACAGAACGGCAGCUCACCCGCCUACGGCCGCGCUGUGUCUGCCUGCUUCGGUGAGCCCUACCCCUCUCUCCGCCUUGCGUCCUCCCGCAGCGUGGGCUCCGCCCAGCCGUAUGGUAACGGGCGCGGUGUCCGCGUCCCCGAGGAGGAGCUGAGCGGCCGCUGGAGGCAGCUGAGCGUGGAGGACAUCAACGCUUACUCCUACCGCAAUCCCGGCCGGGCGUCGCCCUACAGCUUCUCAGAGCAGCACUUCACUGUGGGUCCUGCCAAGAUCAAGUUAGGCCCCCUGUACAGCAGCUUCCAGGAGGGCGAUGACGUCUACCACAGCCGCGUCCUCGACCACUGCUAUGCCCCCUCUCCCAGCCCUGGCCCCAGCCCCGAGCACAGCCUGACCCUGCUCAAGCAGGACAAGGGCCCGCUGUACCGGUCCCAGGAAGAAAGCCAGGAGUCAGAGCGCAGCCUGUUCCACUCAGGAAGCUCCAAGGACAGGGAGAGCACCGCCGGCAGCAUGAAGAAGGAGUAUGUGGACGUCAGCCCCAACAGCUCGGCGGAGUCUUUAAACCAAAGCCCCCUGGAGCCCUCUGACAUGCAGCACUACCAGCUGGAGCGCCAGAGCCCCACCCUCCAGAGGAAGACGCCGACACAGUACCAAAAAUUUGGAAGCACGGGGCUUUGCAGAAAGGACAGUCUGACCAAGGCGCAGCUUUACGGCACUCUGCUGAACUGAGGGGGCACACUCUUUAUGCAGGGGAUAAUUCUUUAGGUCUCUGCCAGGCCUGCUUUUGAGCCAAGGGCAACUGGAGCAGGAGACAGCUUGAGAUUCCAGCAGUUAGGUUUCAGAGGAGCUGAAAUGCAACACUGGAGUGUGUUUGCAGCCUUAGUUUUACAUGUUUGGUUGAUGUAGUUAAAGCAAGCUGGAGACAAGCUGCAGCUUUCUUUAGUAUACUUCACAGUAUGACUUGGUUAAUAAAGCAGGGGUUACUUAACCAGGGUUUAAGGACAGAGGGGAUUUAUGUGAGGAGACCGCUCUACUGCUGAAACUUGGAAGUUGAGUGACAUUUCACAUGUUGCUCCGAGAUCAAUAAACAUGUUUGCCCUCGACUGUCAUAAAAAAGGGUGUCAUUCUGAAAAAGCAAUAACACAGAUAGUGGCAGAAUUAGGUACAACACAAGAGGAUACCAAUUGCACAAUUAUAACGUAAUUGUCAAAGGUAAAAUGAAAGGCAGCUUUGAAAAUGACUGUUAAAUUAAUGGUACAUACAGUGUACAUUAGGUGUGUGCUUAAAAGUCAGAUUUGCCUAUCACAACCAACAACAUGUAGGUGAAAGGACUGUUUGGAAGUCUACACCCCACUGUCUUUCAAUAUCUCACACGCUUGCGGUAUGUACGUGUGUUUGUGUGUGUGCCCCCAUUUAGGUAGCUGAACUGUGGGGCCUUGAGAGAUGCUUCAAUAAAUUGUCGCAAUCUGUUAGUUUGGUACAAUCCAGCUUUUUAAUCACAGAAUACCCCAUGCUUUCACUAAGAUGCCAGUGAGCCCAAUGUUUAUCUAAAACAUGAAUUAGCUGGCAGAUUGAACUGACUCCCGCCAGACACCCUUGGUACAUUUUGCCUUAAUUCCUUUUGGUAGCUGUAGCUGCCGGUUUGGCUCCUUCCCAUGGCCUUGUAAAUACAUGUUUAUAGUUCUGGGUAUAUAGAGGGUUUUAGAAAGGCCAGGUCCUCCUCUACUGUGUAGUACAUUUCCGAGAGAGGACCCGCAUGGGCCGCAUUGACCGAACCAAAAUUAGCGACUUGCUCCGGCAACUCCUUUCACUGUGGUGUUUCUUUCUGCAAUGCCUUCUCCAUUAAACCCUGACCUUUCUCUUAGGGUUCUCUCUAACUCAGCCACGUCAUCGUCGCUCUUGUUUCAAGCUGCUGCCUUGACUAGGAACGGACUACCACUGCUGCUGCUGCUGACGUCAUCAGCAGGCGACCGAGAGCUCUGUAACUCUUCCCUAAAGUGUUCAUUUUUUUCAUAUUUUUUCUGCUGAGAAAAGAGCAGACGCAGGUCUCAAAAACUUUAUUUUCUUAGCAGCGAUGUAGUCAGCUGGAAAUACAGAGAAGUUGAAGUGGAGGCUCAUACACAUUGACCCAUUUUUUAAAAUGUAUUCCUUUAUUGUUGUAGAUAUUGAAUUAUAUAAUUAACAUUAGUUCAUUUCUAGUUUUGAUUUUCUCUGUCACCUUAAUGUUCUUCACUUUGACUCUUUGAUAUGUCCCUCUGUCCUGUUCUACCUCAGAUCCAUUCACAUCCUUCUAUGAAACAAGGUCAGCUGUUUGUAUUCACAUUAUAAUGCAUGUUAAUAUAUUUUGUCGUAUGUUUCUUUACUUAAUAAAGAACAAUGAUGAACUUAACCCAUG